GGGCAGCCGCGCAUGCGCGGUAGGAAAGCCCCGUUUCUUCGUCAAUCCCGAAGGAACUGCGUUGCUGUUAUAUGUUGUAUUUGAACGCGGGACGACGCAACAGCGUAAUUUGUCGGUUAUUUGAUGGAAACUGGUGCCGCAUUUUUUAGCCAUCUACCACCAUGUAAUCAUUUUUAUACGAGCGAAGAGGACUUCCGCUGCGAAGGACAAUUUCAACGCCGGUGGAUGUCAGUUAUGCUGUGGAUGUGAGGUGAGGAGUGAAUUUGGACAGCAGAAAAUUAGGAUUGUUUUACCAGUUGCUCUUAGCGCGAAGGAUUGGCAUCUAUAAGAAGGCUGAUUGUUCCCUUCAGCAAAUCCUUAUGAUUGAGAGACACUGCAACCUGUGUGUUACAGAAUGGAUGUCGUGGACUUAGAGAUUUGCAUACCAACAUCAGUACUCUGUGUUCUGCUGUGGUGUGUACAAAAGAACACCUCCCAUCCACCUCCAAUUUCUGCACCAUGUGUAUAAAGACCAACUUUCAACUACAAGGGAAGGACAUUUGAGACACGUUCUUUUUUAGAUCCCAGAUACUGCUUAUAUAAGCCUAUAGCCGACAUGGAAGUCUUUUUAUUCUAAUUUUCAGAUCUAGUCUCCCUGUACUUUUUUUUUUGUGUGGGAUGUCGGAAAAGCCUGAUGACAAAAUGGUGAAGUUCCUGGCUCCCCCUGCGAAGAGUGGAAACGGUCCCAGUUCUGGGUCAGACUCCAUGGUCAAUGAAUCCCGCCAGACAGAAGUGAGACGGCGGCAUCACACCAUGGAGCGUGACCGCUGUAACCCAGAGCACCGCUUCUUCCGUCGCAGCGUCAUCAGUGACUCCAAUGCCACAGCACUGGCCCUCCCUCUACCCAGCAGGAUCCCCAUACCUGCUGCUCAGCGCAUCCAACCACGUGAAGCGGCUGCGCAGCGGCAGCAGGCCAUCACCGUCCGCCCUCCACAGAUUGAACCAAGUUUGUCUCGUAAGGACGAGUCCUCCGAGUCUCUGGAAGGGGGAGAGCGGAAAGACCCCGAAAUUGCCAAGGUGAACGUAGUGCCUCUUGAACAGGUGUCUGCCAUCGCACACGAUGUCUGUGAGGCCGAGGUGGUGGUGGAAACCCACUCCACACCACACUUGAGUCAAACUGAACCAGACCACUCCGUCGAGGCAAAGGUACCACACGAAGGAGAGGGUGAGGAAGAGGACAAGGACGCCGCCAAAGCUCGUGCUGAAGCGGAGCAGAGGGAAGCAGAGAAAAAAGUGCAGGAGGACAUUGAGGAAGCCGAGACAAAAGCUGUGGGGACCUCGCCAGAUGGACGUUUCCUGAAGUUUGACAUUGAAAUCGGACGUGGAUCUUUUAAGACGGUCUACAAGGGCCUGGAUACGGAAACCACAGUGGAGGUGGCUUGGUGUGAGUUGCAGGACCGAAAACUGUCAAAGACGGAGCGGCAGCGCUUUAAAGAGGAAGCGGGUAUGUUAAAAGGAUUGCAACAUCCCAACAUUGUCCGCUUUUACGACUCCUGGGAGGGACCCUCCAAGGGAAAGAAGUGCAUUGUUCUGGUCACUGAGCUGAUGACGUCUGGCACACUCAAAACAUAUCUAAAGAGGUUCAAGGUGAUGAAAAUUAAAGUGCUGCGGAGCUGGUGUAGACAGAUUCUCAAGGGACUCCACUUUCUUCAUACUCGUGCACCUCCCAUUAUCCACCGGGACCUUAAGUGCGACAACAUUUUCAUCACGGGCCCAACGGGAUCCGUAAAAAUUGGAGACCUCGGACUGGCCACACUGAAGCGUGCAUCCUUUGCAAAGAGUGUCAUAGGUACUCCUGAGUUCAUGGCGCCUGAGAUGUAUGAGGAGAAGUACGACGAGUCAGUGGAUGUGUAUGCCUUUGGAAUGUGCAUGCUGGAGAUGGCCACCUCCGAGUACCCUUACUCAGAGUGCCAGAAUGCUGCACAGAUCUACCGCAGAGUGACCAGUGGGGUGAAACCAGGCAGCUUCGACAAAGUGGCCAUUCCUGAGGUGAAGGAGAUUAUUGAGGGGUGCAUUCGCCAGAACAAGGAUGAGAGGUACUCAAUCAAGGACCUCCUCAACCACGCCUUUUUCCAAGAGGACACAGGCGUGCGUGUGGAGUUGGCUGAGGAAGAUGACGGAGAGAUGGAAGCUAUUAAGUUAUGGCUGAGAAUCGAGGACAUCAAGAAGCUAAAGGGAAAAUACAAAGACAAUGAAGCCAUCGAGUUCUCCUUUGACCUUAACAAGGAUGUCCCGGACGAUGUCGCACAGGAAAUGGUUGAAUCUGGUUACGUAUGUGAAGGUGACCACAAGACGAUUGCAAAGGCCAUCAAGGACAGAGUGUCUCUUAUCAGUCGCAAGAGAGCUCAGCGGCAGCAGGUCAGAGAAGACCAGGAGAAGAGAAGAAUUGAAGAAGAACAACAAGGUCCGUUACAAACAGUACAGCAGCCAAGCCACCAGCCCAGCAAAGAGGUGCCUCUGUCCCAGUCAGUGCCACCACCCGCCUCCUUUGUUCCUCCUCCACAAGCCAACCAACACAGUACACCGAUGUCAGCCCAGCCUGCAUCUCAGCAGAGCCUCCCAAGCGCUACCUACAACACUUCUCAGUCAACCCAACUCACUGGCUUGACACAAGGGGUCUCCUAUGUUCCCCAGUCGGCCGGGCAAGUCCAAGUUCAGAGUCAGAGUUUGGCUCCAAGUCAGCCAGAGUCAGAGGAGCCUGACGCUGACCAACACCAGCAGCCACAACACACUGGCGGAGCCUCUCACUUGGGAGACAGACCAUCUGGUUCGUCUGUCCUCACUGAAGCUCAGCCUGGAAUGUCCUACAGCACCCCUCCCAGUCAGCAGCUUCAGGCCCAAGUGUCAUGCCCUCAGACACAAAAUGACCAAUUGCCACUGCAGCAUGUGUCAGUGGUUCAACCCCAGAUGUCAGGUGUCCAGACUGAACUUGUGCCCACUCUUCCUAGCAGCCAGUCUCUUCCAAUGGCACCACAGCAGUAUGGAGUAUACUACCAAGCAUCACUUCCCCCUAAGAUUCCCGCCCAACAGGGGAUGAUUAUUCCUUCAUCCUCUCAGGCAUCCCCCCCUCCUCCUCCAUCGCAGCAACAGCAGCCAGAGAACAACAUUGGCCUUCAGAGCUCCUCUGUGCCACAGGCCCAACCUGGAACCCAACCUUUGCAGUCUUGGGCCAGUAGUCCAAAUUCUUUCAUCCUCUCUCCUCCACCCAACGCAGAGCAUCUAUUCUUCCUUUAUCAGGCUUCUUGCCUCUCUGCACUGCAGGCCUCUCCAAGUCUUCCUCAGUCAACACCAGCUGAGCAGCUAGGUGUGUCCUCUUCCCUCGUGCCUCCACCUGUGGAAAGCUGCCUGUCAGAUGCAGCCUCGGGUAUGAGCGACGGCAACGAGGGCAGCUCUACAUCAGGAGGCCGUCAUGAGGGCCGCUCCCUGAAGCGGCACCAGCGCCGGUCCGUCCGCAGCCGCUCUCGUCAUGACAAGUGUGCUAAAGCCAAAUUGAACGUUCUCAGUAUCUCUAAUGCUGGAGACCGAGUAGCAGAGUGCCAGCUGGAAACGCACAACAGAAAGAUGGUGACGUUCCGAUUUGACCUGGAUGGUGACAAUCCAAAGGAGAUUGCACAAAUAAUGGUUGAGAGUGAGUUCAUCCUCGAGAGUGAGCGUGAAUCCUUCAUCGAACAGGUCCGUGAAGUCAUCGAAAUGGCUGAUGAGAAAGGGGAGGGCAUGAAGGAAGCCUUUCCUCAGAUGAGCGAGCUUCAGCAACAGCCAGAGCUGACUAUCCCCAUACUACCAGGGAUCUCGCCCAGUACUACAGCCCAGGUGGUACAUUCAGCAGGACGCAGGUUCAUUGUCAGUCCAGUGCCGGAGUUUCGCUUGAGGGAGCAGUUUUUUGGUGCACCCUCUGCUAAUACCUCGAUUGGUGAUGAGCCUGCAUCAGGAGCCUCAGUGACAUCAGGUCUUUCUCUCUCUGCUCCAUCUGGGAUUCUGCAGCAAGCUUUUAGCAAAAUUAGGGCAGAUCACACAGAGAGAGGUGAUCCAACGAGUGCCGAUCAGGACUCAGCCACACUCGCGUCCAGUGAGGCUGGACAUGUCCCAAACGCACAGAGUGCUCCCGAAACUGUGUCUACCACCACUACCUCUAAUUUCCCAGCUGUCUCACAUGUAUCUACUGCACCUCAGCCACCUCCCACAAAUGGGAGGGUUUCUCCUCCACCAACUGCAACAUCUCAACCCCAAACUCAAGCUCCUGUCAGCAGUGAUCCUAUUCCACCCAGACAUUCUUCCCAUGAAACCAACUCCUCACAGAUCGCUUCAACUGCUGGUGUCCCAGCUUCCACUUCCUCCACUUCUAUCCCCAUAGCCCCCGCACCACAGCUGAGCGGGACUCCAGGCCCCAUUCCUGUUUCCGAGCCACAACCUUUCAGCAACGCUGCUGCAUCUUCCCAAUCUAUGACUUCAGCCACCCAUGCAUCUCAGCACACCACACCCCAGAGUCAGCCUGUGGCCAGUCAGAACCAACCCCAGCCAGUCGAGGCAGAAGGAGCAGAGGUUCAGACCAAAGCUGCAGGCAGAGAUGAUAUUCAAGCCCUUGACAAGAAGCUUCGAUCCCUCUUUAAAGAUCAGAGCGCAGCUUCCUCAACUGCAUCAGUGGAUCCCAGCCAGAACACUGGGACCUCUUCACCUCCCACUGGGACUUCCUCCCCUCCACCCGGGCUUGCUCUAGUACCUCCCUCGAACCUUCCCCUCACAUCCGCGACACAGGGUGUCACUCCACUGUCUACAACCACGCCAGGACAGGGCUUAACCCCUGCAGGACAUGCUCAGACCCCUCCAUCGAAGCCAAGGGCUCAGACCUUACCUACUGGUUUUGACCAAGCUGCUACUGUGCCCUCUGACACAUUACCCCCAUUCCCAGGACCAAAUCAGUCUCAGCAACCUCUAGGCAGUUUGAAUGUGCAGUUGAGGAGAGCCCUGAGCCCAGAGACUGUUCAGGGUAGCAACAAUGUCCAGCCUCCAGCAGCAGGUUUCACUCUUGGCCGUUUCCAAGUGUCUGUUGCUACCGACGCGGCAUCCAGCAAUGUUCCAGAUCCUUCCAACAUUGUGUCCUCUUCCUCCAUCACGCCCUCCUCCACUUCAUCCUCCUCUCCAUCAAGCCCCGAAAACACCAUCCACCGCUCAACCACUUUGCCCACUGAAGUAUGUGAAACAGAUACCAUCAACGUAGCCUCGUCUCUCUCGGCUGGUUCUGCCGAUCAGACGUCCACCGUAGCGAUAGGGCGCUUCCAGGUUUCCACCAGCACCAAUGCCAUGCCAAAAGAAACGACAGCUUCAAAAGUGGGACGCUUUUCAGUCACAGUGACGUCCACUGCAGGGUCCAGCCCCUCACACGAUUCUGGUGUCCAAAACGGGCCAUUGACCGCUGACCCUCACAACGUACACACCCACUACAGCAGCGACAAUGACGAUGAUGACUCGGGAACAGAGGAUGAAGCUUUGCAGAAAGAAGUGGGUCGUCUCAGAGAAAGGCAUAUGCUGGAAGUUCAGGCCCUGCAGUCCCGUCAAAAAGAGGAAAUAGAGGCACUCUUCACCCGGAUGGGGAAAAAAGCUCCUCCUUCUAUCCUUUCUCCUGCUGUGGCUAUGGCUGGAGGUCGACGCAGGCUUAAGAGCAAAAGCCACAAGUCCCCACGCAGUAGUGGACAGCCAAGCCCCAUAUACGCUGGAUGUCCCUCUGAAGCUCACAGUUCUCCAGGUUCUGAGCCCCCACUAAAACAAAGUACACCUCUGACAGCUGAGGCUCUCCAAGCGGGAGUGGGAUCAUCUUUACAACAGCUCAGAGCCUCUCCAUCCUUGCCCAGUCUCAGCAGCAGUUGUUCUACAGGAGCAAAGGGCACCACGUCCACAAAUGGUUCCGGACCCUACCAGAACCACUCUGUUUCCCUGACUCAAGCCAGCGGACUCGCUCCCGCCGCCUCUCAAACACAGAAGUCAAAGGGCACCUUCACUGACGACCUGCACCAGCUGGUGGACAACUGGGCCAAAGACGCCAUCAGCCUAUCGCAGUGCAAGAAGGGUCCCAAAACCGGGGCACAAGCUGCCCUGGGACAUGAUGUGAUCCCCCCUGCCAACAUGGGCCGCAAAUUCUCCGCUCCAGGUUACCUCUGCCCGACACUUCCCACACCUUCUAGCACCACCACAACCACCACAGUGCACCUCCCUACCCCUGCCAACAACCCCUCCUCCGUCCCUCUGGGCCCCCGCAAAGGUUCUCUGGGCCCGGUAGCUCAGGGGUUCGGCUACGCCUCGGCCCCAUACAGCGCUCCUCAGUGGGCAGGACCCACAGGCAACUGCCAGGUCAGCAUGCGCAACCCCGCGCAGCCACUCGCGCAGUACCAGCCACCCAUGACCGCCCCAGUGUCCCUGCAUCAAGGGUACCACAUGGGCACCACGCAGCCCACCCAGAAGUCAGUCAGCCCGGGAGGAUCAAACUUGAGGCCCACGUAGUCCAGACACACGGGGGCAUAAAGCACACACGCACACAAGACCUGUGCUUUUUUUUAAAAAACAAAUUAUGAUUAUUAUUAUGAUUAUUAUUACAACUACUACUACGUGUUGUCCUGUGUGCUUCAGGUCCUCUCAGGCUGAUUUGAAGUCUGCCGGGGGCCGUCAGGGGGAGCGUGCAAUACACAUCCGCAGCAUACACGCAUCACACUUAGCCCACCAUUAGCUGUGAAAUGGAGCUGUGAUGAGGAGCUGGUUGGUUGCAUGGGGUCAUGUAACCGACAACCACCAGCAGCCAAAGAUGUCUUUAUAUUGUCGUGGAGGGCAAGGGCGUAUGUUGUCAUUCCAAGCCAAACUGGGACAGUACUGUUGAUCACCGGUUCAGUCACCACAAUAGAAACACACAGUAAAUACUGACCUGCUUGUGGCAUAGGUUAUGUUGUCAGAGAGAGGAAAGUGAAGGUGAAGGUUUAAGAGGAGAAGGAAGACUUGGUAAGUUUAGCAGAGUGUGAUAGGUUGCAAUAUUAAAAGAAAACACCCCGGUGGCUACCUGGUUAAGUCAAUGCAAUAAUUCAGAUAGAAGCAACUGCCCCUUUUUUUGGAUCUGUGGCCUUAUUCUCUAAAGACAUUUACACGUUGUGCAUAGAUAUUUGGCAUAUUAUUUAUGUCCAUGUGACACGUCUGUUUUUGUUUUUUUAAACACCCAUUGAAUAUUCAACUCCCACUACUUCUGAUGUUCAGACAUUUUUAAAAAGCAUCCUGGUGUUGAGCACCACAAAGAGGCGGAGGAGGUGAUGCUGCUGUAGAUCAGUCUGGCUUGGUGGGGGUGGGGGUGGGCAUUUUUAUUCUAUUUGUUGGGUUACACUUGAAUGGAAACUUGCAAAUGAUCCCAUGUUAGUUCCACAUGAAGCCCCAUUGUAGGAUCAACUGAAGUGAAAGUAGUUCUGGUUAUUAGUAGGUAUUGUGUUGUCACACACUAGACCCCGCCUACAAGAUGGUUAGCUUGCAUCAGGGGUGUCCACAAUACAGCAGGGGGGGCUAUUAUUAAUGGUCCGUAGAAGAAGAAAAAAUAAAGGCGUAUAUUAAAUGCCACAAUUUAUCACAUUAAUGCAAUGGCAGGCCGCACGGUGAAGUGGUUAGCGUGUGAGGCUCGCAGAUUUGAAUCCCAGAUGGAAAGAUUUCUAUGUGGAGUGUUGGCUCAGUGGUUGUGUGCGUUUUCUACGUGUACUAUUCCAAACAUGACAUCCCCAUGUAUAGAAAAUAUAGGAAUUGCUUGGAUGUAGGCAGAUUUUCUUUGUUUCUACAUUGAAUUGGUUUCAUCCUGUUCAAGAAACAAGAACAUUAAAGUAAGCCCCUGCCCUUCGAAUUUUCUGUAUGUGCCCCCUGAAUUGGACCCAAAUUUGGACACCCCUGGCUUACACGUUUUUCCUCUCAUUGCCGUCACAUUAGUAGGUUUCCUUACUUUGUUCUGUGGUCUUUUUUUUUUUUUUUGUAUGCGUCUAUUUAAUAAACAAAAUGUUCUUUAUGGACCUGUAUUCAGCCAUCAGAUUUUGAUGUUGUCUCACUGUAAUUAUUAUUAAAAGGUUGUUAAACAACAUGUAGUUAAAGGAAUAUAAAAAGUGCAAUUGCAGGGUGGUUGUUCUCUCUAUUAUAUACUCUCCAACACAGGAGUAAUCCUGCUGUAAAUGAAGCUCUAUCUAUGACUGCCCUGCCCAACCUUCUUUCCAUACCCUUAACCAACCCAACCCACCCAGCUUGUCUUUUUUUCUACUUUUAUUGUACAUAGUUUAAUGUGAGCUACCUGCUUUUGGACUAGAGAACGCUUGUGGCACAUGCACUCUUAACCUGUAAAACAUGAGGAACACUUUUAGUGCCUUGCAUCCUCACUAAUGACAAGUCCCAUGACCCACAUCUCCUCCCAAACAGUGCAGACAACCCAACCCCCAUCCCCCCCCCCCCCCCCCCCCCAUCCCAGUGCACAAUGUGAAUGAACAAUUUGUAAAUGUCAGAAGGCUGCAGCACGUUGUUCUGGUUGUGCAACCACCCUUCUAUUUGACUCACUUUUGGCUGGCUUUUUUUUUUUGUGGAAUUAUCAUUAACCCAUUUCAGAGGCGUAGUUUGAAUGACCAGUUAAAACUUCUCUAGAGAAAAAAAUACGUUCCUGCAAUGCAGAAUAUGCAAAGUUUUAUAAGGAUGGAGGGUUGAUGGAGUCAUUUGCAUGCUGAUGAGGGUUACUGACUUCAAUGUUUUUUGAUAUGGGAAUACUAUUAGAAUUGUUUGCCUUUCAGGGUCAUCACCACGUUUUUUUUUUUUUCAUUUCUGCCAAUGUCAUGCGCACAAGUUGAAAUAGCAGCAGCAUAUAUUUUCUGCAUGCCAGCUUCACUGGUGUUCAAAUCUUGAUGGCCACUGUACAGCACAAGCUUAAAAAAAAAAAAUCAGUGAACGACCUCUCUAUAAACAAAAACACGUGAGGCUACUGACAAUUCUACUUGGCUCUUUACCAUCUUACUUAUUGACUUUCUGUGAUUCAAUGUCUGGUUUUUGUGUAUGUUUUUCACAUUGUACAAAAUGUAAAAACAAAUAAAAAAAAAUAUCAAUUAAACUGCC